AUGUCAAACCCACACAGACCGUUGAAAGUUUCGAUCCAAGAUCUAGUCAACAACCCCCAGGAUGACGGUGAUGGUGUGGACGGUGAUGGAAAGAAAGAUGGUGUUGAAAAUAUAGAAGCUUCAGAUCAAGCAAUAGACGGGCAUGACCAGCACAAAGAGGGCACGGAAGGGGAACCUUCCAGUGCCCUUGAAAAUACCAGUGGAAAGAGGAAAAGUGACGCAGCCAACACUCUAUACCAGACCAUCCCCAGCCCCUAUCAAUACCAGGCUGGUCAUGCAAAAAAAGAGGUUCCUCGAAAGAGGUCCAGCUCAGGUGCUAUUCCACCCCAAAGCUUUGUUGCUCUCGGUCAAAUAGCUGAUGGUCCCAAAGGCCAAUUGGGCAUUCCUCUGAAGACAGAAAGUCCUCGUCGAGUGUCGGAUGACCUGGGUUCUAGUCUCCACCAAACUCCAAGCGGAAUGGUCCUCAGUUCUCCACCAGGUUCGCUUGGUAUUCAUCAACGUCAAAUCAGUGGCAGUUCUCAAAGUCUUCAGCCGAGUGUCCAUCCAAGCCCACACGGCUUGCAUCAUAUCGGUGAGGGUCUUCAUCAGAGUCUACGCUCCAGCCCACGCCCUUCGAACCCAAGUCCGUUACCGCUCCAACCACCAAUACCGUCUUCAUCAUCACUUCCUUUGAUUCCUCGUUUGGAAUACGAUAGCCCUUUUUCCUCACAAGCUCCUUUGACUUCUGCUUCGAGUGUUCCCAAUAUGGCGAGAGUGCCUUCCAAUCAGUACCAGCAGCCAUAUCAGUACUAUUAUGGCCCGAGGGUAUUGCAGUAUCCGGUUUAUUAUCCUUAUCAGCAAAGCCAGCAACAAAGCCAAAGUCAGCAUCAUCAACAUCACCAAAAUCAGCAUUAUCCCAAACAGCAUAUUCCAUCAACGCAGGAACAAAGUCACCCUUUACAGUCCCCUCAACAGCAUACUCUACGUCAUAACCAUCAACAGCAUCCUUUACAGCAUCCUUUACAGCAUCCUUUACAGCCUAAUUUACAGACCCAACAUCACCAUCCACUAUCAUCGCAGUACCAGCAAUUUCAGCCAUUGCUCCAUCAGCAGUCGCCACAGCAGCACCAGCACCAGCACCAGCACCAACAGCAACAACAACAACAACAACAACAACAAUUCCAGCCAAAAUUACCCCCUCUGAAACUGGCCAAAAGGCCGAAAAACAGAAACAGACUUGAAAAAAAGUCCACCAGACCUCAGGGAAGGCCUUUCACCUCUGGACUGAAUGGACGGUUUCUGCUGCAUCAGGACCUGCGGAGUCUAUUUUUGCAUUUAGAGAAAAAAGAUCGAAGAAGUAUCCGCUUAUACGAUUAUUCGACUCUUUCUCAGUCGCAAUUGCCUAUCAAUAUGGAUUUUUCCAUGGAAGGUCUAGUCCAAUUUCAAAACACUAGGUGUGAUUAUCCAUCAGACUUGGUGGACAUGAUAAUGGGUUCUACCGGAGAAGAUAUAGUUUUGAAACCAACAGAUUCAUUGGUGACGACGAAAACACUCACCUUUCAAACCCAGGAUAUCUCGGACCUGAAACUCGUCGAAGAGGUAGUUCAAGGCGAGCAUGGCGAGGGUAGAACUGAUGUGUUGCACAAUAACGAUGAUAACGUGCUGCCUUUCAUAAACAAAUCGUUUGAUGUUGAAAGCUUUACUUUCAUCAAGAUUAUCCGAGAUUUCACGGGGAGAAUGGUGAAACUGCAGACUGUUGAGUCGGAGGAUUCAGUGAACUCGGAAUGGAUCAAGAGACAGGUCUGUCAUCCGCGCUACAAGUCCAGGAUGAAAAUACACAUGAUAAGGGGAAAACUAGAAUACGGCCAGAUUUUUUACAAUGAUCUUAGGAUGCUUCUCUGGGAUUUGCAGAAUAACAAGAGUGAGGAUGGAGAGUUUGUUUCAUUGGCGAGGUCGAAGAUAUAUGUGAAUAGGAAUUUUGGAUAA